AGAUUCAAAGUCAUUCUCUUGACAUUUAUUAACAUUGGGCCAUCCAUUAUCACUUAUGGAGGUGUUAUCUUUGUAAGUUAUAUCACCAUUUUGUUUCAUAUUUCCGUUUAUUGAAGUUCAUUUCAUCACUAGGUCUAGAGUAGAAAUGCAUUGAUAAUUAUUCAGUUUAAAAUCAAUUAUAAUUUGAGAGAAAAAUUUACCAAAAUAUGUGCAUCAAAAUAGUCCUGUUAGAAUUAUAAUAGACAUUCACAGUGCAAAAAAUAGUACUGAACUGAAACAUCUGUCAAUGAUAUUUUUUAAUGUUUUAUUUUGUUCCCAAUAGUCAAUAGUAAUAGUGUCAUCUUUAAAUUUUGUACGCAUAUUUAUUUAACUACAGGUUUUCUAUUACUUUUUUGCUAUCAUGGGAAUGGAGCUAUUUGCUGGCUACAUCAGUUUUUAUGGCUAUACAGUUCAAGAUAGUUCCAAGAUUUUUUGUGGCAAUCUUAAUUUGAACAACACAGUAUUCUAUCGUGAACAUUAUUGUAGCAACAACUUCAAUGACAUUCUCAAGGCAAUGAUGGUUUUGUUUGAGCUGACAGUAGUCAACCAAUGGCAUGAUAUCCUUUUUAAUAAAAGAUUAUAAUAAUUUUUUUCCUAGACAACUUAUACAUUUUUAGGUAUAAAUUAUUUUUUAAUGUAAAUUUGGGUUACUAAACUUUUUUGACCAUAUCAUGCCUAUGUUUUAUCUUCCAUGAAAUAAUUAUUUUCACAUCCAUUAAAUGUUUAGUUUUAUUUAGUUUUCCUUAGUUGAUAGGUAAGCUUUCUAUUUCGUCUUUAUCAUGAUCUACUUUUAACUAGAGAUGCCAGCCAUGUAACAUGAUCCUUAACUCUCACACUUAUAACAUCUGGUUUUGUUGCUGUUACCAGCAAGGUGGCACGACUUUACUUUUUUACCUUCCACAUUUGUUGUGUAGUGAUUGUGCUUAAGUAAGUGUUAGUUUUUUAAUUGCAGAAAAGUAGUAGAUCAGAGACCCUCGGCUGCAUUUAUUGUGUCUUAUAAAAGCAUGGGCUAGUGAAAUUGUCUUUCAUUUAAACAAAAAACUAGGCGCUCAGUUAUGUGUCUCCAAAAUAAUGAAAAAAAAAUGUAUAACUUUUUCUCAGGAUUAAAUAAAAAUGUUAUCAUAAAUUUGUAUGCAAUAAUAUUUUAACUAGAGGACUGGGGUAAAAAUAAUUCUUUGUGUGUUUCACACAUUGACAGUAAUGAUUGUUGUUUUUAUUUUCUUUGCUUUUAUUGCAUUAUGGCAGAUUAUGGAUAAUUGGUAUGUGGAAAAAAGUUAUUUAUAAUAAAAAAAACUUUUCAAUUUCAGCAUAUUUAUUGCCUUUAUUCUUGAAGCCUUUAUUCUGGAAUACACAUUACAAACUGUUCCACGCUUAGAGUCUGUAGUAGAAGCUAAAAUUAAGGAACUGGGUCUUGGUAUUGGGAUG